AUGGUAGCUUUUGAGGAUGAAUUAAAGCUUUUAAAGUCACAGCUAGCUGAUUUUUUUGACAAGAAAUUUAUCGAUCAGCUGUUUUUGCUUGGUUUCAACAAUGUUGUCCAGUCCAAGUUUCAAACAUGGAUUUUAUCUGAUCUUAAUGGGUACUGUGACAACGGUGAGCAAAAGGACUCUCCUGCCAUAGAAUUUACUACUAUUGCAUUCUUUGAUUCUCUUUGGGCUGAUUUUCAGUAUCCAAUAAUCAAAUUCUUUCAAUAUCAUCAUGCCGCAUUUUACAACGAGAUCCUUGAUGAUUUUAACAAAUCUCAGAAGGAUAAGUUAUUUAAGUUUAAAGUAAGGCCCGUGGAAAUGCGCAAAUUGAAUACAGAUUUUUUGAAGUUGAAUAAGCAGAUCUAUCAAUUCUAUUUGGUCUUAUUGAAAUAUUUGAUCACACACUUCAAGAAUCCUCUAAUUCCAUCGAAAGUCUUAGAUUACUUCGACUUUAGUAUUCCAAAUAACGCCAUAAAGAUAUCUAAUACGAAUGUGCAAGCAAAUAUAAUUUAUCUCAUACAUAGAUGCUUGCUCUCAUUAGGAGAUCUCUGUCGUCAUCAGACUUUCAUUGAGCUUGCAUACGUUGAACCUUCUAUUUCCUCAAAGAAUUUUUUUAAAUAUCGCUCGUUGUCAAAUAAAGAGAAAUCAUCAUUGAUGUUGCCAUUCUACAGCAAGGCUCUUCAGUUUUAUGAAUUUUGUAUCUUGAUUUUACCUGCAUUAAAUGAGCCUUACAAUCGGAUUGGAAUGAUUUAUAAUCAGACUGACGAUAAAUUUGAAGCAGUCUUCUGGUUUUUGAGGUCUCUGUUGACGAGGCUUUCUGAUAAUAAAUUGGGUCUAAACAAUUUGCUCUCCGUUAUGAGAAAGAAAUGGUUUGUCACUAAUUUGGUUGAUUUUCAAAGAUCAAAUCUGAGCAAAAAAGGUCCCUUGGGUUUUAAUAAGAUAGAUGAGAUGCAUAUUAAGCUUAUUUGUAUGAUUGGUCAUCUUGUUUUAGAUACUAAUAAGAGAGGGCCCAUUAUUGUGAAGGAUGUGAAGUUUAGUGAAGUGGAGGCGAGUUAUUAUAAGGAUAUCAGAGACUUUUUAGAUGAACUCAAAAAUGAUAAUCCAUCAGUUAAUGUCAGCGGCUCAUUUUUAGUGAAACAACUAGAAGUUCUUCUUUCUUUUAGGAAGUGCCUCAACGAAUCUAUGGACGCUCCGAUUGACGUAAAAUCAAGUUUCAACAAUUUCUCGUUUCGAAUAAUUGAAAAUUUACUUAGUAGCAUAGUAAGCAAAAAUGUUAAUUUGUUAAAGAAUACUGAUACCUUGAAGACUUUGAGAUUGCUUUUGAAUUGGUUGAAAGAAGAAAAAAGUGCACUAAAAUCGUUUCAAAGUUCUGCUUCAGCAGUUAAUAAAUUGGCUAAAUUGAUGAACUAUACAGUCGAACUUUUAGAUUCCGAAUCAAGACAUGUCAUCGUUAACUUUUUGAAAUCAAAUUCCAGACCACUUAGAGAAUAUUAUUUUGAUGAAGACGUACAUUUAAGAGAGUCAUCACUCAUUAAAUUUCAGUUUAAAGAUUUUAAAGAUGAUCAUUUAUUCAAAGCUAAUAACAUUGAUAUUCUAGUUGGGGAUUACCGUUGUCUCUGCAAGAAUGACGUACCUUCUUUUAUUCAACUAAAUGAAGAAGAAAAACAGAACACAUCGUCGUUGGUGAUUUCAGCCAAGGUAUUAAACUACGAAAAUAAAUUGCGUAUACAUGCUAUUCUUUUACUUGGAAAAAGAUUAUUAGAGAGUGUUUCCAACUAUACUUUUAUUUUUGAGACUGGGAAAUUUGUAAGCAAAUCCAAGACUCCUAGGCAGAUAGAAGAAGGGACUAGACGUCAAUCUAAGAGAGAUGAUGCGCCUUAUUCAAGAAAAGCUGAAAAUCGCAAUAAUCCAGAGACUCUUGCUAGAAAAGAUGUAAUCGUUUCGAAUAAUACUAAAGAAAACAACGCUGAAAAACAGGUAAUUCCAACUUCGUUGGAAGAAAUUGAGCUGUACAUUCUCAACCACAGUUUGGAAUUAAAAGAGCACAUUUCAAGUGAUUCUAAGGAUAGUUCUGUCUCUGUCACUGGAAGUGAUAAUUCAAAUAAAUUGUCCCAGGUGGUCGAAAGCUCUGUGAUAUCUGAAGCCGAAAAUUUAGGUGCACAACAGAGAUGGCAUCUUGGUCAUUCUAUGGAGUCAACGCAAUCUCUUACUGCACCUGUCCUGCUUCCGCAGCACCCUUACCCAAUAAGACAAAGCUAUUAUCCUCAACAUCAAUUAACUUAUAAUCCACAAAUGUAUUUGCCAGGGCCACAAGUACAACAACCAUCAUCACAUUGGGAUAUGGCCCAUCAUCCACCAUCCAAUACGUUUGCAGUUCCAAGUCCUAUGAGCCAUCCGACGUCUCCUUUGGUGAACCACGGCUAUUCGCAGACCUAUCAACCUCAGCAUUAUGGUCCCUCGUUUCCUUCAGCCCUACAGGGCCAAGGUCAUGGGCAAGCUGUAUUUCAAUCAAUAAACCACGUUCAACCCCUCUAUCAGAACGAAGAAAGGCCCAUUUCGAGUCCUUCAAAUCAAUAA